GGAAACACCUCUCUCUGCUAUGCAGGCGGUGCAUAUGUAGCGACUGAGCAACGCAGACAGCUCUCUUUAAACACUCAACUUAUGCACGCAUCUGACUGCUACACGUCCAGCUUUCGUCAACAGACUGAAUGCGACAGCAGAUAUCACUGAAAAAGUCGUUCUUCAGUCCUGUCGCUCCGCGCGAGAAGAAACUCACAAGUGCGUUGAACAUAACCAACCUCUUCCGUCUCCCGCAGCUCUGGACUUUUAACACGGAUAAAUGAUGACUUGCCGCAUGCAGAUCGCACCAAAAACACAAGCGACUUCUUUUACCAUGUUUGCACUAUUCGCAUGUUUGUCCUGAUAUGGAUGUCCGUGCUUUAAUCACAUCGUAUGUUGCUGGAUUUUUCAGCUGGGAACAGAAAGUGGGCGUUUUUCUGUACUGAAGCGUUGGAGGAUUUACUGCGAGAACUUGUGUGAGGUAACAUGCAGUAAGUUCCUAAAGGUGUCAGUAUUUAAAAAAGGUGAUUCGUUUCAUAUUUACAUUCAUCGUAUCAUAUCAAUUACUGCAUAAGAAGCUAAAGAUCAUGGGACCGAUUCACUGUUGAUGAAGACGGUGAUGAUGAAGAUGCGCCUUGAUUAAGAAGUAGACACUACGGUUAUUAAGCUGCUACAUACAUGUAGAUAUGGCACAGGAGAGCGUGUACGACAACCGCAAUAUAGUGGUGAAAUAUAUCCACCAUAAGCUAUGGAAGAAGGGUUACGUAUGGGAAGUGAAUGGAUGCGAUGAUGGUGUUUCUAACGGACUGAUGAUGGGGAGACAGGAGGACGGCGUCGUUUCUCCCAGCCGCCGUAACGACCCGUACACCGCUCUUCAUAAGGUGUUACGGGAGGCCGGGGAUGAACUGGAGCGGUUGUAUCAGUCGGACUUUGCCGAGAUGUCCAAGCAGCUGCAUCUCACGACCAUCACGGCGCACCAGCGCUUCACCGCAGUCAUAGACGAGUUGUUCAGGGACGGGGUGAACUGGGGCAGAAUCAUCGCUUUUUUUGAAUUUGGAGGGACCGUUUGUGUUGAAUGCGUGAAUAAGGAGAUGUCGGCGCAGGUUGAUAACAUCGCGGGCUGGAUGACAGAGUACCUGAACGGGCCGCUACACGGCUGGAUCCAGGAGAACGGCGGAUGGGAGGCAUUCGUCGAGCUGUACGGUCGACAAAGAGAUUCUGUGUUUCGCAGUUCCUGGUCAUCAAUAGUGACGGUCUUCAGUCUGGCCGCUCUUGGGGCCGUUGGCUUGACCAUAGGGGCCUAUCUUGCUCAAAAAUGAGGAUUAUUUCCCUCUAUACAUUCCUUCUCCUAUCUGUCUAAACCCCCUUCUCCUUCCCAGAAGACAUCAUGUCCCAGGACUGCACCUCUUCAAAGCUUCUUUCCCACAAAGUCUUUUAUCCUCUUUCGAACACAAAAGACAGCAAAGCAGAAGAUGAACACGCUGCCGUGAAAGCAAGGGCAUGGAAAAAGAGAAAUAAGGUGAAAGAGACACGGGUAGAAUGAGUUCAGAUCUCAAACUGAUUGUCUGACACGCUGCAUGUUUAUUAACAAUUUGAAGUGUAUAUCAGACACUGUUGUACAGUACUUGUACAAUUUUGGAGGAUUGAAAGACAAAACAGAAUGAAGAAAUGUCUUGGAAACGAUGGACAUGGAGGAGGUUUUAAGGAAGGUCCUGGAUGGAAAUUGUUUAGAAGAUGAAUCCUUCGAAUGACAGCAAACAUGCCCUUAUGCUCAGGUCAUCAACCAACCUGUAAAUGGCCUUGAAGGAGAAAGUAUUUUAAAAUCGAUAAAAGAUUGUGACAAGGAAGAGAAAGAGAUUCAAAGAUGAAAUAAACAGCAUGUGUUGUAUUAAGCUUCGCCUUCAGAAUGAAAAAGAGGUUAAACUCCAGAGGUAGAGAAAAGAAACUCUGGGUUUGUAUCAUUGGAUAAAGUAUACCCAUAACACUUGGCUUAUAAUCCAAUAAUAUAAAAACGCAAAUGUCAUUGACAAUCAGUAACCGUUGAUGGGGACCACUGAAAUUAAUGUGAGGUGAAUCCUAACUCGUAAAACUUUUGUUGUUUUGUAUAGUAGCUAGAUUACCAACAAAGCUUUCUUUAAAAUGAAUAUGCCAAACAUUUUGAGGAUGUAUGUAGUGACAUCACACUUAGCAGAAGUCUUAUCUACUAUAAUGUCCAUGCAUGCCCUAAAAGAAUGGUUAACCUUACACUGUAAAAAAGGAUUUGUUGGAUCAACUUAAAAAAGUAAGUUAUCUGGUUGCCUUAAAAUAUUGAGGUAAUUCAACUUAAAAAUAUUAGUUUUCCCAAAAAAAGUGUGUAAAUUGCAUCAACUAAUAUUUUUUAAGUUUAUGGCUACCAGGUAACUUACUUUUUUAAGUUGUUCUUGCAGUGCAUAAACUCAGUAGUCAUUUUUCAUGAAGUAGUGUAUGCACAUCAUAAAACAUAAAAAAAUGCAAAAUUACAAUAAGAUUUUGUAUGCAUAUUGCGUUUAUGACAAUUAAGCACAUUUCAAGUAGCCUAAUGUACAAUGUUUUUAUUUUUGUGUGAAAUGUGAGCAGAAUGUCUUCAUGAGACUCCCCAGUUGUCCAGAUCGGUUUUUCCUAUUAUUAUUUAUUUAUAAAACAUUUAGGGAUCAGUUUGGUCCGGUUUAAACCAAUCCAUUCUGUGUACCUUGGAUUUGGCGUUUACAGUUUUUUUGCCUAAUUUUUGUUCCUAAACCAAAAAGCUUAAACAAAUCCUGCCACACGUUUGAAUGAUUAGAAGGCAGGAAAUGAAACAUUUACGUGCAAGACUUAUGGGCAACUUUACACAGUGUGUGCUAUAAAACCAGCUUUGGUGCUUUUGCAUUGGCUGCUUUCGGGUUCAUGUGGAACUUGGAACAACAGAGAAGCAACAGCUACAUCUUUCCUACAAGGUGACCGUUAUUAAAUGUAUGCGUGGACUGAUGUAGCAUUGUUUUUUUUUUAUAAACAAAAUCUCCUCUACAGUGUCAUUGUAUGGGGUGCUAUUAAACAUUUGAAAAAUAGAUGCGCUUUGACCUUUAGUAGGUCUUACAUUUGUAACAAGUCAAUGUUCCUUGUAUGGAUACCUUUAUGUUCAUUUUAUCAUGUGAUAUCUAAAAUGUAUAGUAUUUUAUUCAACCAUGUUAACAAAGCAGAUAAACUGGCAUGUUGUAGGCUACAUGUGUAAAGGAACUGCCAUGUCUGUACUGUAUGUAUUUGCGUGGUCAAUAACAGCUGUCACAAAAGAAAAUUGAAGCAUAGAAAACAAGUUCGCUUAUAUAGUAAGCAGUGUGUCUGCUCACAAUAGAUGCUGUUUGUCUUUAGUUUACAACUACGACUUUCUUUGACACACUAACUGGCUACAUUUGCUUAAAUGUUUUCAUAACAGAUUGCUAUUUUAUUUAAAUUUUAUGUAUUUAUUUUAGGUACCGUAAUCAUAAAAAUUUCAUUUAUAACAUAAUUUAGGAUUUAUUUUAUUUUUUUAGAUCCUCUAAAGGAUUUGGAGCAAUAUUACACCGUAAAAAAAACAUUUUCGCUCUUAAAUUUUUAAGACUAACUAACUUGAAUUUUCAAUUCAUUUUAAUGGUAUUGACUAGUGAUGAGCUGUUACUUAUAAAAAUGACAUAACUAAAGCAAAUUCAACUUGAUUUAAUAAGUUACAGCAACUCAUCACUUGUCAAGAUUGUUGAAAUGACUAAAAAAAAUCCUAGUUGAUUAAACUUAAAAAUGUAAGUGCAAAAAGAUUUUUUUACAGUGUAGAUCUUAAUUUGCUGAAUUAAUGCUGCUUAAAAAAUUAGUGAUGGGCAAAGAUUAAUUGCGAUUAAUCACAUACAAAAUAAAAGUGAUUUUUUAUGCAUAAUAUAAGUAUGUGUACUGUGUGUAAUUAUUAUGUAUCUUUAACCACACACACAUACAUUCAUUUCAGAAUUUUUUUAUUUAUAUAUCAAUUUUUUAAAUUUAUAUAAUAUAGUGCUGCCUCACGAUUAGUCGCGACUAAUUGUUUGCAGAAUAAACGUUUUUGUUAACAUAAUAUAUGUGGGUGUACUGUGUAUAAUAAUUAUGUAUAAAUACACAUACACACAUGCAUGUAUAUAAUUAAGAAACAUUUGCAUGUGUACAUGUUUAUAUUUAUAUAUAAUCUAUAUUAUAUAUAAAUAUAAAUAUUUAUUAUAUAAAUAAUAUUUUUUUCUUAAAAUUAUACAUUUAUGUGUGUGUAUUUAUAUAAACAUAAUUAUUAUACACAGUACACACACACAUAUAUUAUGUAAACAAAAACUUUUAUUUUGCAAACGAUUAGUCGCAACUAAUAGCACUAAUAUAAUAUAUACACACACACACAUACACACACACUUAAAUGUUUCUUAAAUACAUACAUGCAUGUGUGUGUAUUUAUAUAUACAUAAUAAUUACACACCACACACACACAGAAAUUAUGCAAAAAAAUAUAUAUAUAUUUUGUAUGCAAUUAAUCGCGAUUAAUCUUUGCCCAGCACUAUAAAAAGUAUAAAGAUUAUAACGUCUACAAAUCGUAAUUGCCUGCUAGAUGUGUGGCGAUAUAUUGAAUGUUAAUAUUUCUUUUCAUUUAGUCAAUUCCACUGUUGCUGUAGUCGUGAUUUUGUUUCAUGAUUCAUUCACAA